GUUUAUCUUCCUUUGUGACUGUGACUGUUUCCGUAUUCAGCACGCUGGAUGAUUCUCUUACUGGUUCGGCAGGUGCUGUUCAGAAACAAACAUAUAUAAAACAUAAUGGCUGAACCUGAAGUUGUGACGGAGGUGCCUGCUGCACUGAAACGCCUGGCCAAGCAGGUAGUUCGUGGCUUCUACGGGAUCGAACACGCUCUGGCACUGGAUAUCCUGAUUCGAAACCCCUGCGUCAAGGAAGAGGACAUGUUGGAACUUCUCAAAUUUGACAGAAAGCAGCUGCGCUCCGUGCUGAACACCUUGAAAGGGGACAAGUUCAUCAAGUGUCGGAUGAAGGUGGAGACCGCCGCCGAUGGGAAGACCACACGACACAACUAUUAUUUUAUCAACUACCGACUCCUCGUGAACGUCGUCAAAUACAAACUGGACCAUAUGCGGCGCCGCAUUGAAACUGACGAGAGGGAUUCCACCAGCCGAGCCUCGUUCAAGUGUCCGUGCUGCUCCAAUACGUUCACCGAUCUCGAGGCCAACCAGCUGUUUGACCCAAUGACAGGAACCUUCCGGUGUACAUUUUGCCAGACAGAAGUAGAAGAAGACGAGUCUGCCUUGCCAAAAAAAGACGCCAGGACCCUUGUCGCAAGGUUUAACGAGCAGAUUGAACCGAUUUACGCUCUCCUUCGAGAAACUGAAGACGUCAACCUGUCUUACGACUUGCUGGAGCCUGAGCCCACCGAGAUUCCAGCACUCAAGCAGAGCAGGGACAGGGCCGCCGCUGCAGCAGGUGGGACGUUACCAGCAGGACCACAUAAGGAGAACUGGGCGAGCAAGAGUUCUGUUUACGACGGCUUCUACACUCAAGACGUCAUCAUUAACAUGGGAGAGGAGGAUCAGAGGCAUUUAACCAAUGAUGGGAAAGCUCCGAAAGAGAGGCCUAUCUGGUUAACAGAGAGCACCGUACAGGGGGCUUACCGGGAGUCGGAAGACAUGAAGGAUGGAGGCUUGGGAAUGGAGGGUCUGCACAAUGCCGAAGAUGGAAAAGGCGCAUUGCAAGACGAGAACGAGGAGGUGAUGCGCGCCCUCCUGAUUCACGAGAAGAGGAGUGCGGCUGCCGCUCCGGCAGCGGCAGGGACGGCGGCCGUGACAGGUGGGGCGUCCCUCUUCAGCGUCAACCCCAGCGAUUCAGAAAGUGACACCAGCGAAUCCGAUGAAGAUUCUCCAGUGCAGCCAUCGGUGGUGCCUCACUACCAGAGGAACGAGAUGGAUGAUGAUGACGACGACGAAUUCGAGGAAGUCGGCGAUGAUCCUACCGUCCUUGUGGCUGGCCAACCGUAUUCAUAUAGCGUAGUAAGUCAAAGGCCCGAGCUUGUCAGCCAGAUGAGCCCUGAAGAAAAAGAAGUGUACAUCGAAAUGGGACAGAAGAUGUUCCAGGACAUUUACGACUGAGGUGGACCUGCGCCUCCUUUUAAAAGACCGUUUCUGGUGUUUUUAGAACUCCUUGGACUUUUACUGUUACCCCUUUUUUUACUACUCGCGUUUCUAGGAUAAGCCAUAUGAGCAGCACGUGUGCUGGUAGCUUUGAUCAGAUCUGCAAUGGGACCACCCAGUGGGCACUCGUUACCAGCUUAGGCGUUUUAUCAUCUGUUUAUUCUGCUGUUUGCCAUUUUAAAAACAUGACCCAGAUGCCUAGUAUUAGGAUUUUAUUUAAGAGAUUACGUUUGCAUGUUUUUUUCCCCUCUUUUUAUAUCCUAAGCAGGUUUUUCUCCCUUUUGGUUAAAACUGCGUGGAUCGAGACGUGCCAAGUGACGACAUCUGGGGGCCGCGGCAGCCCCCCUGGUCUUUGUGUGACUUUAUGGCCAACGUCUUGUGACUUGUGCUCUGCUUCUCUUACAGAAGGCUGUGUGCUCAGAGCAGGACGCUGGCGGUGCCAAGACGUUCAUACGGUAGAUAUAAAUAUUUAUAUAUGCUUUAUGAUCUCACUUAUAGAGGGGCUGUGUGUGUGUAACUAUAGAGGAUAUCAAAUACACACCGUGUGUGAAGUCAGCACUCACACACACACACACACACACACAGUGUGACCUGACGUACCGCGGCCGUCCACUCCUCAGAUUCGGACCCCGUGCCCUCAUUUAUCACACAGGUGACGCAGUGCAAAUUAACUUUACUGGCAUCAUUCUGACCACAUGACUUUUAUUUGUGUGUAGAAUUUAAAUUUUUUAUUCACAUUUCUAGAAAUGCAAAUAUAUAUUUUUUAAAUAAUAAAAUCAAGUAAUAAAAACUAUUCUCCUUUAAACUGUAACCACGGUCCCUGUAUAAGUUAUUACUUUUUUAGGUGCAUUCGUAUUUAAUUCAGUGAGCAUGUGCUGUCAUCACCAUUUCUGCCUGUCUGUCUGUCAGUCGACACUAGAGGGGGAAAAUACCAUCAAAACCCUGGCUAGACACGCAAAGCACCAAAAGUAAAAGGUUUACUUAUCAAAGGCUUUUCGAUACGUGAAGCUCCAAAGAGCUCACAGGGAUGGCCUGAAAAGGCAACUCAAUCGCGGCAAAGUCCCAAUGCGGAGUCCAAAAACAGAGCUGAGGUCCGAAAGUCGUAAAAACAGACGUAGGGGGAAAACAGAGCACAGCGUUGGAAUACCAGAAGCGCAGAAAUCACAAGAAACUAUGG